AUUCAGUUAAACAUGGGGACUCAGCAUGCCGCUGGAAACAGAGAAGGAACAUUCAGGAAGACUUUGGCCUCUGCUGCAGAUGCUUCCUUUGCACGCAAAAUCUUUCUUUUUGUAUUGCAUUAAAUCUUUCAAAUCCAAACUGUUAUGUAAAAUAAUCCUAACAAAAAGCUGGUCCUUUUUGUUCUUUGGUGUUUUUAUUGGAGCACAUAUGAUGAUGUGUAACACCCCUCGUUUUUCACGCUGUCCAAUAAUCCCCUCCAAUUGAAAUGCGGUCGGCCCGCCCCUGUUGGCUCUAUUGUGAAUCCUCGUUGAGCUGGAGAGCGCUCUUCUUCCAUCCUCUGGCACCACGGCGGCGCGCCACGACCGGAGCAGCAGACGGAGCCGCGCGCCUUUGAGGAUGCUCGACCGUCAAACCGCGGUUUCUGACUGAGUAACAAGCCUGCUGUCCAGUCGCCACCAUGAUCGCCACGGGUGGCCUGCUGCGCAUGAACAGGCGCCAGGAUUCUCUCCGAUCCAAGAAUCGAGCAGAAAACAAACGGAAGAGGAAAUCCAAGAAGAAAAAGAAGAACGACGUGGUGGUGGUGAAGGGCAAGCUGAACCUCUGCUCCCCGGCCGGUUUGGUGGCUGCUGUUGGCGUUGUGAUUCUCAUGGUUGGGGUCUCAAUGGCGGUUCUGGGUUACUGGCCCAGUCAGAACCAGCAGGAGUACCAGGAGCGCCGUAGAAUGGGGGCGUUCCAAGGCAGCAGGAUGAGCUACUCCAGAAGUCCGCCUGUUUCCUCCAACGUGACCCAUGAUAAGCUUCUUUCCAGUCAAGCCGAUGGACUGAACCACAGUCACUCUAACAGCAGCACCUCGGACCCCUCCCCUAACUGUGGCUUCUUCUGUGACUUCCUGGAUAAGUACCUGUACUCAGACAAUCUGAAGGUCUUUGGCCCGCUGGUGAUGGGCAUCGGCAUUUUUCUCUUUAUCUGUGCCAACGCAGUCCUUCAUGAGAAUCGGGAUAAGAAAACGAAAAUCAUUAACCUGAGGGACAUCUACUCCACGGUGAUAGACCUCCACAGCAUUCGGUCAAAGGAGUACUCGCCCCUCAAUGGUCUGGUGAACUACACUCAGUCCAGGAGUGCUGAGGGGCCGCCGGCACCAGUCCCAGCCAGCGGGAUGCUCACACGCAGCUCCUGGCCGUCCACCGGACUCAACCCAAGGGGCGAGUCAAACUCAGAUGCGCUCUUCAGACGCUCCUCGCUGGCCAGCAGGCCGCGUAGCUGGUCCAGAGAUGUCCAGACCUUCACAGACACUGUCUACAGCAUCUACAAAGACUACAGCAAUAGCGGCGAGCAGACUCCCCAGCCUCGGCAGUGGGACACCACCUCCAUCGUAACCUCCUCUGUGAACGCUUUCACCCUCCCUGUAAUUAAACUCAACAACUGUGAGGUGGAGGAGUCGGAGAGGGCGGAGACAGAGGGACGCUCACAGGAGGUCGCCGUUUUGGAGGUCGCUGCUGAAAAUGUGAGAGAAGACGAGCCGGCGAGCGGCAGACAGACUGAUGACGGGCAGAAGGAAGCAACCAUGAUUUGUUCCCCACCUUCAGAUCAGAGCCAUGAGGACACGACCACAGAGACGCUCCCUCAGCAGGAGGCGCCGCAGGCUCCGCCUCAGUGGACCCAGCUGUGUCCCCCAGCACCUGCUGCCGCGGCGAUGGGGUCAAACACGUCACUCCACUCACUCACAGAUCACCCCAGGCCUGCACGCCGCUGCAGCCUUAAUGCGUCCGGGGGUCGUCAAGGUGACAGAGCCAGGCGUUUCAGCUGCCCCCGUCUGGAGCGCUCCAACAGCAAGGGCUACAUCAAACUGACUGACCUAGGGGGAGAGUCCUUUGAAGCCUCCGACUCUUCUUUGGUGGCCACAGAUCAGGAAGUAGAAAAGGACGCUGCAGCAGUGGUGGCGGCGGCACAGGAAGGAGCACAGGGAGAGGACGACCUGCGGACGCCCAGUAGCUCCGCAGCAUCCUAGGCUUUUCUUUUCUAGCAGACACAAAUCUGAGGUCUGGUUCUUAGCUUCGGUCCUUCCUCUGCAAUUGUUGACGACAAACUGAUCUUCGCAAAGGAAGAAGGAAGAGGAGGCAGUGAAGGACAACUGAAACAUAGCCAUGAGCACUCGUGAGCAGUGCUCAGUAUCUACAAACACCCACUGCUCGACAUCCUGUUGUAAUAUUUUCUAUAUUUUCCAUGUAGCAGGAGCAAUACAAAAGACUUGAAAGGAGUUUUAGUAGAGAUUUGUAUAAAAAGAAAACACGAUGAGUUUUAUUUUCUUUUGUACAAGUCUGGAGCAGACAUUGUAGCUUGUACAAUAACCAAAAGUGUCACUGAGAUCUUCUGUCCAACAUGUUGUCCUGUAGCAUUCAGACAUGCCACAGAAAAAGAACUAGUCUAGAGUUGUUUCUCCAAGUUGUUCCGUGAAGACCAUGUGGAUAGGUGAACAGAAUCUCAGGUAGACGUUUGGUUUAGGAACGAGACCUUAUGGACAAGGCCUUCCCUAUGUGCACACGUGUUCAUAUGAAACAUGUACGGUUAAAUAAAUCUGACUGUAACGCC